GAAGAAGGCGGCAAUGAGCCCUCCGGUUCUCGAUCACCGCCUGCUCGGUCUCAUACUGUCUCAUAUCGCAGUUGCCGCAGGCUGCCACCUGUCCUGAAACAUUUUCUGGUCUUACGCCGAAAGUGCUUUUUCGCGACGACGCGCUGGGUUUCUCCGAGUCAUCCAUGAUGCUGACCCGAUGACCGCCCGAGUCUUCUAAUUCUCGUUAUUAUCUAAAUGUCUCGUCAUAUAGUAUCCGGUUGGCUGUGCCGGGAACGCCUGCAUCACCCUCGCCGGUAUAAAUGUCUUCUUCAUCAUUUUGAUCAGCCGCGUCUUCACCCAUCAAAGAGAUGCGUCAUGUCCACCUCGCCGUGCUCCUUGGCUGUGCCGCUUUCGCCACAGCUUCGCCCUCCACUGCUCAGAACGACCAACGCUCAACCAAAGAUGCCAAAGUUCUAAUCCUUGGAGGAGGCGUCGCUGGCGUCAUUGCUGCGCGCACAUUGCAUCGCAAGGGGAUUACUGACUUCUUGAUUAUCGAAGCACGCGACGAGCUAGGUGGAAGGAUGCAGGAUUAUACUAUAGGUGUCCCUGGCAAGCAGUACACAAUCGAACUCGGUCCUAACUGGAUUCAGGGAACGCAGACUGGCAACGGGACAGCUAAUCCCAUUCUGACGCUCGCUCGGAAACAUCACGUCAAGAACCAGUAUAAUGAUCUUGAUGGCAGUAUCACGACAUACGACUAUAACGGGUUCAAAGACUAUCGCGACCUCUUGGACACGUCAAUCAAUCAAUUCACUCAAACUGGUGUAGUUGCAGGGGAACGCGUCUUGACGCAACAGGUUGACCUCGGCCUUCAAAGCGCCUACGGCAUCACCGGUGCAACUCCAAAGAACAUGUACGAAGCAGCCUGCCAGUAUUAUCAAGUCGACUGGGUACGUGAAUAUGCACAGUCCCCAGACCAGAAUUCGUGGAUAGCAUCGGCCUGGAACAACAACUUCACCUAUUAUACCGAUAUGGGUGGUUUCUCAGACGAGAACAACCUCUGCAUCGACCAGCGUGGUUUCAAAACCAUCAUCCAAGCCGAAGCUGCAGAGUUUCUUCAACCUCAGCAAGUCUCCCUGAAUUCCGUUGUUACAACGAUUGAAUACAGUGGGGAUGGGGCGACAGUCACAUUGGCAAAUGGGACUACUCUCACUUCGGACUACGUGCUUUGCACACUUAGUCUUGGCGUAUUACAAUAUGGUGAUGUCGCGUUCAAACCUACUCUUCCUUCGUGGAAGAUGGAAGCUAUUCAAAGCAUGGUCAUGGCUACAUAUACCAAAAUCUUCCUACAGUUCGAACAGAACUUCUGGUUCGAUACUGAGAUGGCUAUCUAUGCAGAUAAGGAACGGGGGAGAUAUCCGAUCUGGCAGAGUCUUGACCACGUCAAAUUCUUCCCUGGUUCUGGUCUCGUCUUUGUGACCGUCACCGGUGAUUUCUCACUGCGCAUCGAGGGCAUGGAAGAUUCGGAUGUUCAAGAGGAAGUCAUGGAAGUCCUCAGAGCCAUGUACCCCAACAUCACCGUUCCUGAUCCUGUGGCAUUCCAUUUCAAACGCUGGAACGCGGACCCUCUCUUCCGUGGCUCUUACUCCAACUGGCCCCCUUCUUUCCUUCCUGGUCACUCAGAAAAUCUGAGGGCUACGGUAGACAAGACACUCUGGUUUGCGGGUGAAGCGACGAGCUUGAAGUACUUCGGUUUCCUUCAUGGUGCGUAUUACGAGGGGUUGAACGCUGGGGAGGAGGUCGCCAAGUGCGUCGAGGGCCCUGUAUGUGCUGGGCGGCAGCAUCUGAAUAGCGUGGUUGAUGCCUCCCCCUACCCGUUCGUGUCUAUCACGUCUUAGGUGCUUAUGUUUGUUUCCCGAGCCGUGUUGUCGUCGCCUUGAGCAGUAUCGUUUUCGAGUACCGAUACAGUGUUAUUGAGGAUCGGUUCGAGGAUAAAUUAUUUCUUCAUGUAAAGGACC